AUGCCGAGAAUCGCCCGAGCUUUGGUCAACCCUCCUUGCCUCCUCGCGUUGAUGUGUUUGUCAGAGACCGAAAAUCUACUGGCACGACUCUCGCACCGGCCUGGCGUGCAAGGCACAUUGAUUCUAUCUCGCGAUACUGGAGCUAUCGUGCGCAGCUCCGGACUGGUGACGGACGAAGAUGUUGAGGAGGAAGAAUCUUCAAGGCCACAAAGCUCAGGUGGUGGUCAGGGUCAGAUCAAUGGUAUAGACGGGCAAGCCAAAAAGAGAGGGACUCGGAAAGCAGAUGAGGUCGCAAGCUUGGUUUUCAAGUUUGUGCAAAGCACUGGGGCUAUGAUUGAGGAGCUCAAUGGCGAGAGCGACGAGGCAAAGCUAUUGAGAGUCCGGACCAAGAAGAAUGAGAUGGUCAUUGUGCCAGAGUCGCAGAACGUGGUGCGAAGCAAAGACAGCUUCGACUUGCUGUCAAUGAGGGCAUAG